AUGGCGUCCGUCGCGCGUCGUCUUUCUGCCAAAAGCCUCACCAGAGACUUGCGCGAGCUCGGGUUCGAGAAGAAGCUGGUCCGCAAGUUCGCGGAUGCCCCAUACAACGUCGAGCAUGCCACAGCCCUGCUCAAGUCUUACUCACCACCAGGCCGCAAGCCUAGAAGGGGCAGAUACAAUGAUCUCUGUCUUCACAAAGGCUCUCGCAACAAACUGUGGGUGGUCUACGACCCGCUCAAGCACAAGCCGACCCUCGACAGCGACACUCUCCUGCUCACUGUGAGAUUUGCCAUCUUUCAACCUGGCAACCCACGUCUCAUCGAGUACAACACCAAGACUACGUCCCUGCGCAUCCGUUCUUCAAGAAUCAUCGUGGGUCAGCAAAUCAAGUACACCGCCAAUGGUCCUGUUCUCGAGCCCCUGGACGAUGACAGCGACUUUGACUCGGAGCCUGCUACCGUCAAGACAAAAGGACAGACCAAAGGACAGACCAAAGGAAAGAAAACCACGAAACCUGCACCCAAGUCCAGCAGCGAUUCUGAGCUCACGGAACUGGAGUCCAGCUAG